AUGGUUGAGAUACAAAAGCCGCACUCGGCAUUAAAGCGGCCAUCGCUGAAGCGGGAAACGGUUGUUGUUAACAACAGUGCGCCCACCAUUAAGAAGGUGACUCUAGUGCCCAAGGAUGAGGAACUGGUGGCCAUUUCUCCGGAGCGCCGCAACUGGCGUGGCAUCUUUAUUGCCCUGCUGGUCAUUGCCGCGGUCUUUAGCCUGAUUAUAUUCUCGAUCUUCCUGCUGUCGCCGGAGGAUGAGGGGCUGCGGAUCCGGGGACGCCGCAUACUGCCCAGCGAUAUACUGGGCAGGAGUUUGCAGUGGAAACCCUUUAAUGGCACCUGGAGCAAUGGACGUGAACUCGUUUAUCGCGAUCCCACGGGGGGCCUGUCCAUACUUAACAUGGCCGAUCUCACCACACGCAUUCUUAUGACCAAUUCCACAUUUCGCCAACUGAAUGCAGAAUCAUUUCUUGUGGCACCUGACCAGAAAUAUGUGCUCCUGCAGUCGGACACCAAUGCGGAGGGUUCCAGACAUCAUGUCUACGAGGUGCAGACAGCCAACACAUUUCCGCUGGGACCAACGGAGAAUAUAGCGGAGGCACCGCGACUCCAGCAUGUGGUUUGGGCUCCUGUUAAUCCACCGGCACCGCCACCACCGCCACCGCCGCCUGGCACCACCAUGGUGCCACUGCCCAGCGGCAGCAUAAUCCUCAAUAGCCUGGCGGGGGCCGCCAAUGGAGGGGGGGCAGCAGGAGGAGCCUCCUCCUCCUCCUCCGCGAACGGCAAAGCCGGUGGCCCUAACGCCCUCAACCAGGCCAUCGCCUUUGUCUACCUCAACGACAUCUACUACAAGCCCAAGGUGCAAGGGAAGCUGGUGUGCAGGAUAACGAAAACGGGAUCGGGUUCAGGUUCGGUUUCGGAGACGGAGACCCUAAGCAGUAUGGUCUACAAUGGGGUGCCCGAUUGGACAUAUGAGACGGUCCCAGAGCUGGAGAGUCGCCGGAGCAGCAUGGAGUUCUCACCGGAUGGCCUGUACCUGGCCUUUCUCAGCUACAACGACAGCGAGGUGAACGAGUACAAAUACACCUGGAUGGGCGAUGACAUCAAGUACCCGGCGGUGAUGAGCCAGCGUUACCCCAAGACCGGCUCCUGCAAUCCCAAUGUCACCGUCAACGUGGUCAAUCUCUCCGUGUACAAGUACAUCUUUCCCACACAGAUCAAGCUUCCGGCGGAGGUGGCCAACGGCAGCUAUGUGGGCGGCCUCACCUGGGCCUCGCCCAUUGAUCUCUCGGUUACGGUGACCAAUCGGGAACAGACCAAGGCCACCACGGUCCUGUGCCGGGCACCGCACUUCCACUGCCAGGCCGUGCACACCGAGGUGACCAUCAACGAUGGCUGGGUCCUGCCCGCCGAGCGACCCAUCUUCUCGGCUCGCAAUCAAUUGCAAAAGUCUAUGGCCUCUAAAUUCCUCCAAAAUCCCGAGGAAGUGCCGCCAGAGGAGCGGCAAGUGAACUUCACGGAGGGAGGAGGAGGAGGAGACACCACCACGCACGAGAUCAGCAACGGGGGAUACCUGCUGAAACGGCUGCCGGUGAGGGAUGGCGAGCAUGGCCAUUACCGUCAUGUGGUGUUCAUCUCCUCGCUGGACCGACGCCCGGUGCCCCUCACAAUGGGUCGCUUUGAGGUCACCGAGAUUGUCGGCUGGGAUGAGCCGCAUGAGAUUGUCUACUUCAUGGCUGCGCCGGAGAAGAGGCCCGGCGAGAGGCAUCUCUACAAGAUCAGCCUCAAGCUGAAUGUCACUGAAUCGAACAGGACGUAUAUCACCUCCUCGUCGCCCACCUGUCUCACCUGCGACAACACGGAGGCCACGUACAGGCUGCACCGGGCGAGGAUCUCGCAGAGAGGCGACCGCUGGGAGGAUAUUGUGGCUCGCCUGGAGCCGGACGACUGCCUGUAUGAUAUACCCAAGAAUUGCCUGUACAACCGGGUCCAGUUCAGUCGCGACUAUAGCUACUAUGUCCAGGAGUGUCUGGGUCCGGAGGCGCCCAGCGUUUACCUGGUGGAGACGGCCAGCAAUGACAAGAUUUAUGUUUUGAAUGCCGGCGAUGUCCUGCGCCACCGGCUGUCCCAGCUGGCGGUGCCCCAGAUGCGAACCUUUAGCGUGGAGAUCCGGCAUGGAUUCCAUGCCCAAGUGCGUCUGUUUUUGCCUCCGGGAAUGCGAGAGGAGGAGGAUGUGGCCUUUCCCCUGGUGCUGCAUGUCGAUGCCUCUCCGGGCUCCCAGUUGGUCACCGAACGCUUCCAUGUGGACUGGAACUGGUAUCUGGCCAGCCAGCGCAGCUUUAUAGUGGCCCAGAUCGAUGGGCGUGGCAGUGGCUACCAGGGGGAGCUGCUGCGCACUCAGGUCCAUGGCAAGCUGGGCACUGUCGAGGUGGAGGAUCAGCUGGGCGUGCUCACUUACCUGCGGGACAACCUGAAGUUCAUUGAUCCCCUAAGAAUCUGCGCCUUUGGCUGGGGCUACGGAGGCUAUGCCUCCACCAUGAUGCUCAUCGAUGACUCGCAGCAGGUGCUUCAGUGUGCGGUGGCCAUCAAUCCGAUUGUUAACUUUGGAUUCCACUACUCCUUCUUCACGGAGCGUUAUAUACCCCUCAAGGGGGACUAUCUGAGGGCUCUGCAGGAGGCGGACCUCACCAUGAAGGCCGGCAACAUCAAGGGCCGUAACCUGAUGCUAAUGCACGGCACUGCCGACACUUUGGUCCAUCAGGAGCACACCCUAAUGCUGGUGCGGGCUUUGGUGGAGCAGCAGGUCAAGUUCCGGCAUCAGGUGUAUCCGGAUGAGGAUCAUGCCAUUGCCAGGUCACUCAGCCAUGUCUACAAGACCAUGGAGUGGUACUUUGAUGAGUGCUUUGGCCCCGUCGACGACAACGAGUGGGACCCCACGGGUCUGUUCGUGUUCAAGCAAUAAUUAAGACCCCCCUACGAUCCUUACGACGAGGAUCCGCUGGCCAAUCAGCUCAGCGACAUUGACACCGGCCCCUCCUCAGUCUCAGCCGGUGAAGGCGAUGGCCAAGCGGCUGGCCAUGGGGAGGGGGGCGACAGGGAUCCUGAACGAGAUCCUCCGGGCAGUAAUCUCUCCACACUGCUCACCGCCACCACGACGAGCGCCUCGCUCUCGGCCCUCGAUGAGCUGGAUAAUCGGCUGCAGGCGCUCGACCUGAUCACCUCCUCCACGGCCACCACCCUCAGCAAGGUCGCCGGCAAGUUAUGCAAUUACAGCAGCAAGCGGCGGCUCCACCAGUCGGAGGCCACGCUGGCCCAGAAGUCGCGCAUCCUGCAGCACUAGAUCUUCGGGACGAAGAUUCUUCCUUCCAUGUGUGCGUGUGUGUGUGUGUGUGUGUCCAGUGGGUGGGUGUGUGUGUGUGACGAAUCGAAAAUGGAGCCUUUGGGGAGCCUUUUGAUCUCUUUAAAGGCUGUCU